AUGGCCAGUCUCUUCAAGAGCGACAACAUAUCCUACCGGCCACUCCUCUCUACCCCGCGCUCUCUACCGGCCAAGGUCCUCUGUGUUGUCGCCAUUUUCUACGUAAUCUAUGCCGCACACUCCUUGCUAUCCUCAUCCUCGAACUUCUUCUCGUUCUCCGUGAGCCGACCACGGAGCAUCUGCACACCACAAGCAUGGGCCUCCGGCCAAUGGGUCCCAAAAAUACCACCCACCAUGCGGACAAAUUUUACCAAGUCGGAGGAUGUGUACGAGUUCCUCGGCUUCCAGGGUUGUGCCAGCAACCGUGAAGUAUACUGGCAUCUUGCUGCCGACAACGAGCGGUUAUUUGACCGCUUCCCUGCGGUCGCAUCGUGGAGGUGGUCACCACCAGCAGAACAAUGCGAGGUGCGCGACCUCGACCCGACUGUGCUCGUGCGCGACCUGGUCGAGCAGGGUGGCUGGCUUCUCAUUGGAGAUUCCGUGACUGAGAACCACUUCUUCUCGCUUUCGUGCCUGCUCUACCCGCACGUGCGCGCGACGCCGGACUACGUCGCGAACCCGUACUUCGACCGCGGUUGGCCGCAGAACCUCUACCUCGACCCCGCCUCGCCGCUCAUCUCCAAGAUCAAGUUCCCCGACGGGUUCGACAUCGAGACGACCCCGCUCGUGACCUUCCGCCGCAUCGACCUGCUCUUCGAGCCGUCCGCGCUCGACGCGCUCUACAAGCAGCUGCACCCGGACUCCGCGCUCGCCACACAGGGCGGGAACCUCUUCAGCGACGAGGCGACGUGGAACCUCGCGCCGGCCGAGUACGUGAAGAUCUUCACCGCGCCGCUCCCGCGCGGGAACUACGCGACGAUGGUCGUGAGCACGGGCGGGCACUGGACGACGACGCUCUUCGCGGGGCUCAAGGACGCGCAGCUGCCGAAGGACGGGAUCGAGAACGUCGUGAGCUUCUUCGGGGAGGCGAUGGACGCGUGGGCGGGCGAGGUGCAGGCGCUGCUGUACGCGGCGGAGAAGGAGGAGCGCGCGAUGCGGAGCUUCCACAGGAAGGGCCGCCCGCCGCGCCAGGUCGUCGCGCGUGCGUACCUGCCUGGGCACGAGGACUGCCACGACCACCGCGUGCCGGACAAGGAGUACAAGCCCGGGCGCUGGGGCUGGUACAACUGGAACCAGAUCGGGGACCUCAACAACAAGUUCGAGGCGGUGCUCCAAGGGAACAAGUACCCCGACAUCCAUUUCUUGCCGAUCGACCGCCCCGCGCUGCUCAGGCCGGAUGCGCACUCGGCGGGCGACUGUCUACACAUCAUGACCGGCGCGGGCGUGCUCGAGGGCUGGACGCAGUAUAUCUGGCACUACGUCACCGUCGAGCUGCCCUCGCGCAUGCGGUAACGCCAGCUUCUCCGUUGCGUGCUAGAAGACCGUGCUCGGUUAUAGAUGCCCCAGUCCCGCGCAUCGGCCCGCAGGGGACGACGCGGGGGACGGUAGCUCUUCAGAAUUCGUACAUCUACGUUUCACCUCAUUGGAUGAUAUAUUCGUUCCCGCUCUUUCGCCCCCACCCACCCCACAUACGAG